UUGAUGUAGAUUCGAGCAAAGUACAGACUCUCUGAUCCAAUCAGCGCUGCCGCUUGUGACGUCAGAAUCCAGAUAUCUGACCCGCAAACCAGGAAGUGCGGCUCAGUCUCCGAGUGUAACAGAGAUCGGCGCUGCUCUCUCGGGAUGUCGGGACUGGCCUUCGCAGCUCUCGUUCUUUGUCUCCACAUAACGGCGGGUGAGUCCCAGCAGUUUACUACUAUCGUUGAGCACAGCGAGAUAAAUGUCGCCGUUGGGGGUACGUCGCCAGCUAGUAGCCCCCAAACCUCAGCGACCGUCAAUCUACGUGCCACUGGUGAGUCCCAGCAGUUUACUACUAUCGUUGAGCACAGCGAGAUAAAUGUCGCCGUUGGGGGUACGUCGCCAGCUAGUAGCCCCCAAACCUCAGCGACCGUCAUUCUGCGUGUCACUGAUCCAGUGGCAGUGACCGGGGUUACCGUGGUGACCAAUGAUUCCGCUCCUCUGGAAAACCUCGAUACCAUCGCACUGAGUUGUGACGCGUCGGGCGCUGUUCAGACACGGACAUGGUUCAAGGAUGACCAACCCAUCCAGGAAAACGGCAGAAUAUUUACAUCUCCCGACAGGGCGAAACUGACUAUAAUCGGUGUGAACAGAAACGACGCAGGGACGUACAAGUGUAUCGCCAGCAAUUCCAUCAGCAGUGGCACUGGAGAGACCUACGUGCAAGUCUACUAUGGAACAGAGAAGGUCAGAAUUGUACCGGAGCGUCCAGUUGUGUCCAAUAUUGUGUCAAACCUGACAUUAACUUGCUUUGCUCUGUCAGUCCCCUGGGGUAUAUAUGCAUGGUACAACGGGAACAAUCUCCUGCAGACAGGGCAGGAACUCACCCUUGUGUCAAUGAGCUCGGUUAACGUGGGGAGUUAUACAUGUCGCGUUACUAACGACGUAACCAAGAGGAGCAGUAACCUCACUGUCCAUGUUACCGCACAAGGUGAGUGAAUGAGUCUCUCAUUUCU